AUGUCAGCUGUAAUUACCAUCCCUGUCGUAAUAAUCGGUAACGGUCCUUCGGGUCUGAGUUUAUCACAUAUAUUAUCUGGGAACUGGCCAUAUUACAACGGUCAAAUUCACCCAGAUGAAUUAUUGCAAAAUAAACUGAAUCAAUUUGGGCAGGAAACUCUACUAAAGCAGAAUUUAGAGGAAUUAAGUGAUGGCUUAAACGGUAGAUCAUCGAACCCUGUGGCUGUUCUAUUUGACCAACUUCAUCACCCAAAUGCAGAUCUUGGUUUGGAUAUGGAAUCAUGCUUAACAUGGCGUUUUGAUAGUAAUAACACAAUUCCACAUCUCGUCUUGGGUAAGUACUCUGCUGGUGGAAGUUGGAGAAGCAUACACAAAGAUGGAAGAACGCUAGGCUAUUCUAACUGGUUAGAGUUGCCUGGCUAUAGAAUGCGUGAUUGGCUAAAUCGUAGAAUCCCUUCGAAAGAAACUGGUACUUUGGACAGAUUAGAUCUAGGUCUGGUUAGACACUAUUAUGCCGAUUAUGCCAAAUAUAUGCAAAUGGAUAAAUACCUACGCGGCGGCGUAACUGUUCGAUCAGUCCGUCGAUAUAAUUUAGCAUGUAAUUUUCUGAACGACCGUGCUGAUAUGAAUUCAGAUUCAGACGAAUCCUGUUAUGAAGCAAACGUCAUUAAUGGUGAGACUUGUAAAAGAUUACAUCCCUUAAAUUCUACCGGCUCAAAUUUAGAUUCUGACGGCGAAGAAGAAUUCGAUGAACGCAGCCGAGAAGAUAGCCAUGACAAAAAUAUAAAUUGGAUUAUAGAUGUUGAAGAUAAGGAUGGUGACGUUUCUUCUAGUUAUAAAAUAUUAGCGAGCCAAGUAGUUUUAGCGACAGGUGUUUACGAUAUCCCAAAAACUUUAAAUAUUCCGGGAGAAGGUCUUCCUUUUGUCUACCAUCGCUGCCCGGAUUUUAAGCAUAUUGAUCUAUCCUCUAAUACUAAUGGGCCGAUUUUAGUUAUUGGAUCUGGUCUAUCAGCCGGUGAUACAAUUCUUGCUGCUCUAGAGAACGGUUUUAAUGUUGCACAUUCAUUCAUACAGAAGACAAAUGAUCAUAGCUUAGUAUUCAAUCGUUUACCAUUAUCUUUUUAUCCUGAGUAUCGUAAAGUAUACGAACUUAUGACUUGUACUAGCAGAGAUGGUUGCGAUUGCUAUGUUCCAUUUUGUUGCUAUAAACUGAUAGAAAUAAAAUUCGAUGGCACUUGCAUUCUAGAAAGUAUGAAAAAUUUGGAACGCAUCGCUAUUUUAGCAUCGAGCGUCGUAAUUGUAAUAGGAUCGAGCCCAGAUCUAAGCUUUUUGACGGAUAGCACAAUUGCAGGGGCAGUGCAGAACGGAACGUAUGUUGAUUAUAAUUAUCAAUCGAACCCUAUUAAAGUUGACCCAUAUACUUAUGAAGUUAUCGAUCAACCGGAUAUGUAUGCUAUGGGUCCUCUUGUCGGUGAUAACUUUGUACGGUUUAUAACUGGUGGUGCAUUUGGUAUCGCUAGCUCCAUUGUAAAAAAAGCAAAUUUGUUUUAA